CAACUUCAGUCACACUCCCCCUUCCCCCUCUUCCACUCCCUCCCACCUCUACUCCUCUUUCUCUCCUGGGAAAGGAGAUCCUGAGGUUGGGGGUGACUACUUGAGGGCUGGAGAAGGGGAAGGUGUGCACUAGUGCAUCCCUUCUUGGUGCUUGUUGAUGGAAAAACUGCUGUCCGAAGUGACUAAACCCCUCCAGACGUGGUUGUGGUGGUGGUGAAGAAUGUCUGAUGACGAUUCUGAUGAAUUGGAGGAGGAGGAGGACAACUUGUUUCGUCUCGGGGAAUAUGAAGGAGAACGCAAUGAGAAAGGUGAACGACAUGGAUAUGGGAAAGCAUUAUUGCCCAAUGGGGAUAGGUAUGAAGGACAAUAUGAAAAUGGCAAAAGACAUGGUCAGGGGAUCUACAAAUUUAAGAAUGGUUGUCAAUACAUUGGACAAUACCAAGAAAAUAAAAAACAUGGUCAUGGCGUUUUUUUCUAUACAGACGGAUCAAAAUAUGAAGGAAACUGGGUAAACGAUGAAAGGCAAGGCUUUGGAGUAUAUCAAUAUACAAAUAAUGAUACAUAUACAGGACAGUGGUUUGCUGGCCAAAGACAUGGGAGAGGAACUUACUUCUAUGCUGAUACUGGCUCCAAGUAUGUCGGUACUUGGAUAAAUGGACAACAACAGGGAACAGGAGAACUCAUUCACCAAAAGCACAGAUACCAGGGCAAGUUUAUGGGAAAAAAUCCAGUGGGCCCUGGAAAGUAUAUUUUUGAUAUUGGAUGUGAGCAGCAUGGUGAAUAUGAACUUAAACAAAAGGAAGAAGCGGGAGAAGGAGAGGAAGAUGAAGUUGUAAAACCUCUUGAUCCAUUGUGGAAAGCUAAAAAAAUUACUCCAUUAACCUUCUACACACCACCUCUUGAUGAAGUACCACUACCAACAGACCCCCAAACAUCUGAAGCUAGUGAAAAUGUUCUUGCUGAUGAAGGAAAAGCUACUGAAGAAAAUAAAGAGGGAAAAGAUCAAGAAGCCCUUAAUAAUGAAGACAGUAAGAAAGAGAUUAGCUUUGGAAUAGCUAAAGGGAAGUCCUGGAUCACUAAAGUGGAGAUUUUUAUUUUCCAGUCAAAGCUGCUUCUGAAAAUAGUGAGUAAGAGAAAAAAGAAAGACAAUGAAAAUCACCAACUUAAAACUGAAUGAACCAAGAGAAAAGGAGAUUGCACAGCAGUCUGUACCAAGGACACACAAAGUAAAAAGUGGCACACCAAACUAAAAAAACCUUCAAUUAUAAGAGCUGAGGGACAGAAACCAUGCUCAAUUUGGGAAGGAUUAUCACCAGAAAGUUUGACUCCAGGUAAUUUGUUUACCUAUGGCAAUUCAUGAAAUUCAUCUAAAGAAUAAAAAUACUGAGUCUGCGUCAGGCAGUGGAGAAAUGACUUAAACCAAUGAAACCUUAAAUGUUUUGGAGUUUCAAAACAAAAAAAUUCCAUGUAAAUCUUUAAGAACUAGGAAUAACUAGAAGACAUUUAAGAAAGUUAUAAAAAUAGCUUGAUGCACCAGCCCUGAAGUCAGGAGAACCUGAGUUCAAAUCUGGUCUCAGACACUUAACACAUCCUAGGUGUGUGAUCCUGGGUAAGUCACAACUCCAAUUGCCUCAGCAAAAAAUAAAAAUAGCUUGAUGAAUUGACAAUUGAAAUUAUAUAACAGUCAUUAGGAAUUGCUGCAAAAUACAAAUAAAUAUUAUUUUAUAUUCAUUCAAUGAUCAUGUCUCAGUCUUGAUUUCUUUUUAAUAUUAAGUAAUUCUUUCCUAAUUAUUACAUAUAAAAAUAUGCAUAUUAAGAUGAAUUCAUAAAAGCAUUUUUUGCAUAAAUUAUUAUGCAACUACUAAGGGAAAUAGGUGACACAAUUGGAUAGGAAACUGGACUUGGAGUCUAGCUUCCUGAAUUCAAAACUGGCCUUAGAUUCUUAUUAGUGACUCUGGGCAAGAUACUUAACUCUGUUUGCCUCAGCUUCUUUAUGUGUCAAAGCUGAAAUAGGUAAUGGCAAAACAAUCCGGUAUCUUUGCCAAGAACACCUCUAAUAAGGUCACAAAGAAUCAAACAUUGAAAUGUUUGAUAACUGAACAAUAACAAGUUAUGAGAUUGAAUAUAAAAGGACAUUUUUGAGACAUUUUGAAGGAAAAUUCAAAAGCAAAUACUGAAUAUAUGAGAUGUGACAGUCAAGUCAAAGAUAGGAGGACAGAGGGCAGAAGAUGAUUUGGUUUGUGAAAUUUUAGUUGGAGGUGAUAGUUGGAAGUGAUAAUAUGAUUUUUUGAAAAGUGUGACAAAUACCAACAACAAAUACUCAUUAUCCCCAUCACAUCAGCUAACAUUUAUAUAAUUCUUACUAUUACCUGGUACUGUGCUAAGUAUUUUACUAUAUUAUCUCAUUUAAUCAUCACAACAACCCUAGAACAUAGAUGCUACUAUUACUCCCAUUUUACAGAUGAGGAAACCAAAGUAAAUAGAGUUUAAGUGAUGUGCCCAGGGUCAUAUAACUAUUAAAUUAUUUCAAAGUCCGAUUCUUCUUGUGCAGCAAAAUAAUUGUAUGGGUAUGUAUACAUAUAUUGUAUUUAACAUAUACUUUAACAUAUUUAACAUGUAUUGGUCUACCUACCAUCUGGGGGAAGGGGUGGGGAGAAAGAGGGGAAAAUUUGGAACAAAAGGUUUUGCAAUUGUCAGUGCUGAAAAAUUACCCAUGCGUAUAUCUUGUAAAUAAAAAGCUAUAAUAAAAAAAAAAAGAAAAUUAUUCUGUACCCUUUAAUCUCAUAGUGUUUCUACUGGGCCUGUAUCCCAAAGAGAUCAUAAAAAAUGGAAAAGGACCUACAUGUGCAAAAAUGUUUGUGGCAGCCUUUUUGUAGUGGCCAGAAACUGGAAAUUGAGUGAAUGCCUAUCAGUUGGAGAAUGGCUGAAUAAGUUAUGGUAUAUGAAUGUUAUGGAUUAUUAUUGUUCUGUAAAAAAUGACCAGCAGGAUGAUUUCAGAAAGUCCUGGAGAGACUUAUAUGAACUGAUGCUGAGUGAAAUGAGCAAAACCAAGAGAUCAUUAUACAUUUCAACAACAAUACUAUAUGAUGAUCAAUUCUGAUGGACAUGGCCCUCUUCAACAAUGAGAUGAAGCAAUCAGUCCCAAUUGUUCAGUGAUGAAAAGAACCAGCUACACCUAGUGAAAGAACUCUGAGAAAUGAGUGUGGACCACAGCAUAGCAUUUCCACUUCCAUUUUUGUCCACUUGCAUUUUUGUUUUCCUUCUCAGGUUAUUUUUACCUUAAUUCUAAGUCCGAUUUUUCUUGUGCAGCAAAAUAACUGUAUGGAUAUGUAUACAUAUAUUGUGUUUAACAUAUACUUUAAUAUAUUUAACAUGUAAUGGACUAUCUGCCAUCUAGGGGAGGGGAUGGAGAGAAGGAGAGAAAAGUUGGAACAAAAGGUUUUGCAAGGGUCAGUGUUGAAAAAUUACCCAUGCAUAUGUCUGGUAAAUAAAAAGCUAUAAUAAAAAUUUUUUUAAAUCACA